UUAUCUCUGUAGUGGAUGGUCUACUCUGCCAGAGGAUCAGUCCAGGUGUGCAGUGUGUCAGCAGGUUCUGAGGGAUCCAGUCUCUAUCACCUGUGGACACAGGUUCUGCAGACAGUGCAUCACCAGAUACUGGGAGAAACCUGCUCCUUCAGGAGACUAUGACUGUCCUCAGUGUAGAAAGAGAUCCAGGACACGUCCUCUACUACAGCACCUGAGUGAACCCAAUGAUGCAAGAGGCUCUGUAAACAAUAAAGACAGUCUGCAGAGAGCUAUAGUAAACCAUAAAGACAGCCUGCAGAGAGCUGUAGUGAACCAUAAAGACAGCCUGAGAAGGAGGUAUGAAUGUGUGAUAGAAGGCAUCGAAACAGCAGGGAACCAAACUCCCCUCAACAGGAUUUACACAGAGCUCUACAUCACAGAAGGAGAGAGUGAAGGGGUUAACAAUGAACAUGAGGUGUGGCAGCUAGAGACGGCAUCCAGGACACCAACCUCACAUGACACAGCAAUCCACUGCAAUGACAUCUUUAAACCCUUACCUGGCCAAGAGAGAAGCAUCAGAACUGUGCUGACCAAAGGCAUCGCUGGCAUCGGGAAAACUGUCUCUGUGCAGAAGUUCAUCCUAGACUGGGCUGAAGGGAAGGCAAACCAAGAUGUGGAUAUCAUAUUUGUGCUUCCUUUCCGGGAGCUGAACUUGAUCAAAGAUCUCCAGUACAGUCUUCUCAGACUUUUAAAUGACUUCCACACAGAACUAGACAUAGGCAAUGCAGAGAAACUCACUGCCUGUAAAGCUAUGUUCAUCUUUGAUGGUUUGGAUGAAAGCAGACUUCCAUUGGAUUUCCAGCGCAACGAAAAGGUAUCUGAUGUCACCCAGACAUCAUCUGUUGAUGUUCUGCUGACAAACCUCAUCAAGGGGAAUCUGCUUCCCUCUGCUCUCCUCUGGAUAACCUCCCGACCAGCAGCAACCAAUCAGAUCCCCCCUAAGUGUGUUGACCAGGUGACAGAGGUACGGGGGUUCAAUGACCCACAGAAGGAGGAGUACUUCAGGAAGAGAUUUGGGGAUGAGGACCUGGCCAGCAGAAUCAGCUCACACAUAAAGACAUCAAGGAGCCUCCACAUCAUGUGUCACAUUCCAGUCUUCUGUUGGAUUUCUGCAACAGUCCUUGAACACAUGUUGAGUACAGACAAGAGGAGAGAGAUGCCCACCACUCUGACUGAGAUGUCCAUACACUUCCUGCUCAUUCAGACCAGCCUGAAGAACCAGAAGUAUCAUGGAAGAGAUGAGAUGGAUCAAGAGGAGCUCAUGGAGUCAGAUAAGGAAAUUCUUCUGAAGCUGGGGAAGCUGGCGUUUGAAAAUCUGGAGAAGGGUAAUCUCAUGUUCUAUGAAGAAGACCUGAAAGAGGCUGGCCUUGAUGUCAAAGAAGCCUCAGUGUACUCAGGAGUGUGCACACAAAUCUUUAAAGAAGAGUCUGUGUUAUUUCAGAGAGUGGUGUACUGCUUUGUUCAUCUGAGCAUUCAGGAGUUUCUCUCGGCUGUCUACAUGUACCACUGUUACACAACCAAGAACAUGGAUGAACUGAAGCCCUUCCUCAAGAGAAAGUCUAGAGGUACGUUUGAAAAGCUAACCUUGGAUGAGCUGCUGAAGAGGACCGUGGAUAAAGCCUUGGAGAGUAAGAAUGGACACCUGGACCUUUUUGUCCGAUUCCUUCAUGGCAUGUCACUGGAGUCCAAUCAGAAACUCCUACGAGGUCUGGUGACACAGACAGAAAGCAGUCCAGAGAGCGUCCAGAAAACAAUCCGAUCCCUUAAGGUGAUGCAGAGGAAGAACAUCUCCCCUGAGAGGUGCAUCAAUCUCUUCCACUGUCUGAUAGAGAUGAAAGACCAUUCAGUACAGGAGGAAAUCCAAGCGUACUUGAGGUCAGAGAACAGAUCCAAAAACCUCUCCCUUGCUCAGUGUUCAGCGCUGGCCUACAUGCUGCAGAUAUCAGAGGAGGUUCUGGAUGUGUUUGACCUGAAGGAAUACAAGACAUCAGAGGAGGGUCGUAGGAGACUGGUUCCAGCUGUGAGAGGCUGUAGGAAAGCUCUACUCACUGGCUGUAAACUCACAGACACAUCCUGUAAAGUGUUGGCCUCAGUUCUCAGUUCAAACCCCUCACACCUGAGAGAGCUGGACCUGAGUAACAAUGACCUGAAGGAUUCAGGAGUGAAGCUGCUCUCUGCUGGACUGGGGAAUCCCCACUGUAACGCCAUCUCUAAUGUGGUAACCCAGCUUACAGAUGUGGAACUCAACACCUUCAACGCCUGUAUUGGUGACAUGGUCCCUCUCGGGUACACAGACAACUCCAUGGCUGCUCUUGAGAGGGUCUGUCGUGAAUAUGUCUUUCAACAACAACAGCCGGCACAGCCUCUAGAGCCCCAGCAGGUUGAGGUGCAUCUGGAAACGUUUCAUCAAGUGCCGCAGCAGGAGGCCCGGGUCCUACAUCCCCAACAACCAGCAUCUCAAGUGCCUGAAACUCCACAGCAGACUGUUGAUAUACGAGGGUUCAACGUGUGCAAACCCAAGCCAGUGACAUCUUUACAGUCGCAAAGGACAUUGUUCCCCACACCACCACAAUCCGAAGCAGCUGUCACCUAUGAAGAAUCCGUGCCUGGUCCCAGCCGAUAUCACCUGUACAGCGACGGGGCUACCGUGUCGUCCAUUGCGAUGAUAAUCCCUGUGAUGAAACAGUUGAUUAUAUGCGCCACGUGUAAAAAGAAGUUCAACAGAGCGUUCAUCUGUAACAACUACUUGAUUCAGCUGAACAGGCCCGUGCAAUGUGCUUGGGGCUGUGUAUUGUGCAGACUGUGUUACAGUGAACAAAGUGGUUGUCGCCUACACAAUAUAUCGUCCACAAGGGCCGCUCUAAGCACCACAGCCAACACCCUUGCCAAUUUCCCUGCUCUGGAGAAUGUAGGAGACUGGGAUCUGGAACUCAACAUAGAUGAUAAGUUCAAGACUGACAAGGAGGUCAACGUCCAUGUUUCAUUGGUGCUGUUUUGUCUUGAAGAAACAGAUCAUUUUGACUAUGUGGUGCACUUCGUUGCCCAGGAGAGGGCAGUCUAA